AUGGGUAAAUAUGGGUACAGUAUAGAGAAGAAUACAUGGCCUUAUAUAGGCUACAGAGGGAUGAUUAACAAAACAGUGACUGAUGUUGCAAUACAUCAUCGAAGGAAAAAAUUGCGGCCCGAUUGUUUCAGGAGGAACCCAUCAACAGAUAAUGAGAAGCACAAAGAGAGCCAUCUCCUUCUCCAUCAAGCUACCUCCCACCACCGCCCCUCCGCUGCCGCCACGACCCCUGCCCAAAAACUGCUUUCCUUCAAGCCCUCAAACCCCCUUUUCUCCCAAAACAGCAGACUCACCACCUCCUCUAUCACUGCCACAAGAUCAUUCACUUGCAAAAGCCAGAGCAACCCAUCAGAUGCUUCAAGACCCAGUGAAGUUCAAAAGCUGUUUGUGUAUGAGAUCAACGAGAGAGAUCGGGGAAGCCCUUACCUUCAAUUGAGCCAAAAGACUGUCAAUUCCCUAGGCGAUCUCGUCCCUUUCAGCAACAAACUCUACGCCGGAGACCUGCAAAAGCAGUUGGGAAUAACAGCCGGCCUAUGCAUCUUAAUAAAAAACGAACCGGAAAAGAAAGUUGACUGGUACGAGGCCACAUACAGCUUCUACUUCGGCGACUACGGUCACCUAGCGGUCCAGGGGGCUUACGUCACCAACCAAGACACGUGCCUCGCUGUGACCGGCAGGUCGGGCAUCUUUGAGGGGGUGUUUGGCCAGGUGAAGCUGCAGCAGAUCGUUUUCCCCUUCAAGCUGUUCUACACGUUCUACUUGAAAGGCAUACAGGAGCUGCUGUCGGAGUUCGUUUGUAUGCCGGUUCCGUCGUCGCCAACCGUGGAGCCGUCCUGGGCGGCCAGGGCGUGUGAGGCUGGGGCUGCUAUUUUGAAUUUCACGGACUGAUGGGGAAAAUAGUCCUGAUUGUGGCAGAGGGAAUGUUUUGAUACGAUGAUUGAUGACCGUGAGGAAUAAAAUUCACUUUUCCCUAAGGUUGUAUUCUGUUGGUUUUUGUUUAUUUUUUUAGGCAUUGGGCAUACGGAUGCUCUGGACUAUCAACGAAGGAAGCAUGGUAAUGUGCAUAGAAAUUGAAUUGGAUCUCUAGGCCUACCCUCUCUGAUGUCAAUUGGCUUUGAUUUGGGGGCAUGGUCCUGCAUCAAAACAAGUAUAGGAGGGCCAAUGUUUCAAUAGUAUUCCGAGAGCAACCACUUUGUGCAUAUUGUCAAAGGUUAGGUCUGUCUCCAAUUGUCAGAUUAGUGGUAUUCCAAGUGGCCCAAUUGUAUGUCUCCAAAGGUCAGGUUAGGUCUGUUUCAUUGGUAUUCCAAGUGUCAGAUUAGUCUACUUUUCAUGCAUAUUAUGAUACUGCUAAGUCUGUUAUGCACAAUUCUACAGAAAAUAUAAAUAAAGUACAUGCUUCUAAAUGAAUGUCCAGCUAAAAUGUUGAAUACAUACCACAGCCUUGACCAAUUAAGGAUAGUUCAACACUAAUUACUGGUAUGAACAAACCCAAACCCAAAGAUAACUACCACCAUACAGAAAUGAAGACAAAAAUUCCAGCGGUUGAGCUAGUUCAAACAAGCGCAUAGCUCAGUGUCAAAUUUUCAAGCUGAGCAUCCUGAGCCUGGGCAGUUUCCCACGCAUUGCCAAUUAGUUUCGAGUUGAAUGUUUUAACAUGGCAUGAGAGCUACGAUUUCAAAGACUUUUGCACAAGACUCUCUUGAUUGUUACCCCAUUGUUUGUGCCUAACUGCACUUUGUAUCGUUGUAACCCCUAUGUUAUGGAUCAUUCGUUUAUCUCCCCCCGUGCGAGUCAGGGUCACAUGUCCGGAGUGUGUCAGUGCUCGUCCCACGUUGGUCAAUUAUCAACUCUAAAACAAGUAACCGGGCGGCCUCUCCAAUCAUUGCCGAUGAGCUUUGAUUCGAAUGCAUUAACUCCACAACUUACUUAGUGUACAUCACAAUAUUCCAAAGGGGAAAUUCAAGACUUACCUUCGAAAUACCACACACUCAUAUGAUUUCAAACCAGAUUAUGCAACCUUUAAGCACGCUUCAAUCGUUAACAAUAAGAGAUGACGCAACUAUACAAAAAGUCGAUAACUCGAACUGAGCCAAUCUAGAUCUGGAUUACUCUUCAUAACCCGUUAGAUACACAUCCAUAUGCAUGCAUAAAAGAACGAUAUAAUCAAAUUCGUAUACAUACACAGAUAUGAAGAGAGAGAGAGAGAGAGAGAGAGAGAGAGAGAGAGAGAGAGAGAGAGAGAGAGAAUGGGGAACCUUUUCGUCCUGGUGGAGGGCGAUCCAGACGUGAAUUUUAUCCAUGGAUUGCCAGAAUACGAAGGCGCCGAGUGUCAUGGCGAAGUAAGUUGCCACUUUCACCAUCUUUGGGUUGUUUUAGGGGAUCGAGUUCUCUGCUUCUUCUUCUUUGUGGGAAGGUCAAAAAUUUUGCCCUAAAAUUUAUCAGAAUUUUCCCCA